UAUUUGAUAUUAACUUUGAACUUCACCUAGAUAUUUGUGCACGCGCUUAGUACAGAGUUUUUAAAAUAUGUAACUUAAUAUUCACUAGGUAACGCAUUUUUAAAUAUCGCGCUAUAACAUGACAGCAAAAUGUAAACACAAAGCACGCAUGCGCUCAACGGCUGUUGUCCUUCCUUUUCUCUUUUUACACAACUGUUCACGCACACACUAUCGAAAAUUAAGGUUAUAACGAAGCACAAUCGCAAAAGUAGCUACGCUACUUUGUGAGAAAAAAUGCCCACGUAAAUGCUUUCGGUCACGGGUCACGCGUUAACACAUUUCGGGGUGACGAUAACAUCGAUUCCAUCACGAGUGAUGGCGAGUAAAAGCAGUAAAACGAAAGGAAAAACAUCGACAGCCGCAGCGCCAACGAAGAAAGUCGAGGGUCCAAUUAGUGUGAACAAAGAUGGCAAUGUUGUCAUACAGAUUCAUGCGAAACCUGGAUCACGACACAACAACAUUACGGAUUUUUCAGAAGAAGCAGUAGGCGUAGCAAUAUCUGCGCCACCUCACGAAGGCGAAGCGAAUGCCGAACUCGUCAAAUAUUUGGCUUCCGUACUCAACUUGAGAAAAUCAGACGUGAUUUUCGACAAAGGUUCAAGAAGCCGUUAUAAAAAAAUCAUUGUAACUGGGAGUAGCCUUGAAAAAGUAACGGAGAAGUUGAAGUCUGAAGCAGCAAGCGAUUGAUCACGUUGUCCAAAUGAAAAAACACGCUAUUUUUCAAAAUAAG